AUGUAUGGUCUUCUGUUACAAUCAGCUAUUGAAAUAAUACGAGCAAAAUAUGGACAAGAAACAUGGGAGCAAAUUAAAGCAACGCUUCGUCUUGAUCUUAAUUCAGUUGCAGCAUUUCAACAAUAUGGAGAAACAUUAUUCGUACGAAUUACAAAACUUUUAAGUGAAAUUCGAAAUGAACCAAUUAGUGAUCUUAUGAAUAUAUUUGGUACAGAAUUUGUUUCCUAUAUUUCAAAUUAUGGUUAUGAUCGUGUAUUAAGAAUUCUUGGACAUAAUAUGCGAGAUUUUCUUAAUGGUUUGGAUAAUUUACAUGAAUAUAUGCGUUAUACAUAUCCACGAAUGAGACCACCAUCAUUUUAUGUUGAAAAAGAAACUGCUCAUGGUCUAACACUUCAUUAUCGUAGUCGACGACGAGGAUUUGUUCAUUAUGUUGUUGGACAAAUAACUGAGGUUGGUCGUCGAUUUUAUGAUACAAAUGUUCAAAUUGAUAUUGUUAGCGAACGAGAAGAAUUUGAUAUAACACAUGUUGUAUUUGAACUUAAAUUUGAAAAUACAGCAUAUGUUCAACAAGCAACAACAGAUAAAGAUUCCAAUGAACUUGAUUUAGCAGUAGAUUGUUAUAUUUUUUUUGAAUUAUUUCCAUUUCAUAUGGUUAUAUCAGAAUCAUUAGAAAUUGUAUCAGCUGGAGAUUCUUUAACACAAUUAUUUCCAAAUAUUGUUGGUGAACUUAUUCGUGACAUAUUUAAUCUUGUUCGACCUAUUAUAACAUUAAAUUGGUCACAAAUUGUAUUACAUUCAAAUAAUGUUUUUGAAUUUUCAACUAUUGAACCAUUACGUAAACAAUCGAAUGAAAGUGAUUUAGAAAUAAAUGAUGCAAGACAUCAAAAUGAUUCUGAAAUACUUUUAACUAUGACAGUACAUCGAGAUAUACAUGAAGAAUAUUUACGUCUACGUGGUCAGAUGUUAUAUGUACAUGAAUGGAAAGCAAUUAUUUAUUUAGCUACACCAGUUCUUGAAAAUCUCGAUGCUAUGUUUAAUACGGGUCUAUUUAUAAAUGAUCUAUCAAUGCAUGAUUCAAGUCGAGAUUUAGUAUUAGCUGGUACACAACAAAGUGCUGAACUUAAAUUAGCACUUGAUCAAGUAACUAAAAGAAAAAUGAAAUUUUCAAAAUAA